ACUCAGCAGGAAGUGACCGCGCAUGCGCGUUGCCGUGUGGGUGGAUUUGGGGUCCCGCGUGAACAGGGCGGCGUUUCUAUGGUGAGGAGGUCUUUGAUCCGCCACAUGGACCAGGAAACACCGCGCCUUCCGAUGAAACAGUUCUCUGAUGAUACAUUGUAGCAGCCAGCUACAUCUCUCCGGUCGCAGUCGCGUUUCGCGGUUGUGUUUGUGUAUCUACGGCCUCUCGGCGCUGAUCAAGGGUCUCUCUGUGAAGCUUUUAUGUAAUGAUCCGCUCUGGCAAGGAAUAUUCUGGACUCUUGUCUUAGCUGAGAAUCAGUUUCUAAUAAAGGCGUCACGUUUGGAAACGCGGCCUUUAUUAACGUUCAUCUGUUAAAAACAACCUAGAUCGCAUCAUAUUGUCUGUAGAUCUAUCCCACAGGUGUCUUUCACGUUAAGGAUGGGGAUCUGAUCAAUCGGCAGAGGCUGUAUACCUCUUCGAUCAUUUCAUCAUUCGUUCACCGAAGACAGAUUUGACGUUAAUGUUUCGCCAGGAGGUCGGUGUCCUGUCUUUUAUUCCGUCUUGUUCGUACCUUUUUCAAUACGAGCAGAGGAACAUGUCUCGGUAUAACCUCUACAGUCUGCUGGACUGGAUGUAUGGAGGGGUGGACCCCAUGUUUGAGGGCAAUGGAGGCCCUGAGUGCGCAGCCUUCCUCUCUCCACGACAGAGACUAUUUGAGACUCUGAUCAUUGUGUUAUUUUCUAUCCUGGAAGUGGUGGUGGCUAUCAAAAAGAUUAAUGUCCCUAAAGAGGUCAGAGAUGUGGGGAAAGAUGGCAGGAGGAGUAAAGAAGACACCUGGGGCAAGAACCUACUGCUUGUGGCUCUGUGCAUGACUUUUGGAGUUGAGGUUGGGUUUAAGUUUGCCACAAAGACUGUCAUCUACCUCCUCAAUCCAUGUCAUGUGGUCACAAUGGUGCAAAUCUUCCUGCUUGCAUGUCCCCCCUGUAAAACUGCCAUGGUUAUUUUUAGACUUCAGGUCCAUAUGCUGAAUGGAGCCCUUCUAGCGCUUCUCUUCCCAGUAGUCAACACUCGACUGCUUCCAUUUGAGAAGGAAAUCUAUUAUAUUCAGCACUCCAUGCUGUAUCUUGUGCCAGUCUACCUUUUCAGAAAAGGAGGUGUGUAUAAGCCAGAGCCGCUCCGAGACAUGUGGUGGGCGCUUCUCUCCUCGGGCGUCCUCUUCCUCUACCACUUUGUCUUCCUCCAGGGCCUCGGAAUGUUGACAGAAGUGAAUCUGAAUAACAUGCUGUGCCCUGCGGUCUCUGACCCCUUCUAUGGACCAUGGUACCGAGUAUGGGCGACCGGCCACCAGACUGCCCUGACGUUACUGCACGGCAAGGCUCUGACCAUCCUCUCGCAGCACACCGCUCCCAUGUGCCGCUAUUUAUUGGAUAUAGCACAUCAACGCAACAAGAAGUUGGACUAGUCUUUUUAACCUGAACUGGGACUUGUCCAGCUUCCUAGAAAAACAUUAGUACAUUUUUUUUCUAUUUGUUUGGUUCAGACGUGGUCAUUAUAUCUAAAGACUGUUUUAACUCCAAGCAACUCCAAGGACUCAAGCAACAUAAACCUUGCCUUGUUUUUUAUUUUUAUUUUAAAGUUUACCAAAAUGAAGAAUCUUUGACCUCAGAACAGAUGUAACUUUUAUUCUCAAGUUGCCUUCUUUAGUUACAUUGGUUAGUCAACAUUGGGCCAACCCAGUUCCUUUUACUCAUCUGGUGCGCAGUUAUAAACGCUGAAUUUCCUCACGCCUUGCAUGCUGUUGAGGCAGUUGUAAUAGAUGGUCUCAAAAUGACAUUGUUAAUAUUGUAGACCUGUUGUGGAAAGCAUACAUGUAGUGGUCCUGUACGUCUAUUUCCAGGCCCCCAGCAGUCUCUUUCUUUGAAACUGGUAUAUAAAUAGUUGCGACUAAAUUUUAAGAUGACGCUAUAAGCUGUAGUCACAUCCACUAAACAUUUUCUGUUGGCUUAAAGUGAUUCCACCUGCUGUUUGAUCAAGUUCACAUGCUCUACUGAUCAUAUUAUCCAUGGGAAAUGGUAGUGUUUUUGUAUGUUCACACAAAAAAAGUUCAAUAUGUAGUCAAAUGAAGGAAAAAUAAGUUCCAUUACCAACCACACUUGGGGCUCACUUGUCUAGUCCCAAAACUGCUCUGAUCAUCACGUGUUUUCCCAGUUGUUUGCAUGUCAGAAACUAAGAUUUGCUGAACAGUUUGCGGCUGUUGCAGUCAUGCAAGAAAUGUCAUUUGAGCAGUCUAGUGAAUUAUGGGAUCACUCUCAUUUCAAAUGUAUGUAGCUUAACUGAAAGGGAAUCCUGUCUGUCUUGGUGUCAUUUUUGUACAUAUGUUUUUAUCUACAUUAAAGGUCGUCUCAAACAUGUCA